AUGUUCGCCCCUGCCCCUAGAUCUCAUUUCAUCCCUCGUACAUACACCACAACCGUUCAUCCUCAUACCACAGCGAGGAAAAAGACGAACAAGGAAAAUGACUUACCUACAAAAACUCCUUCUAGGGCUGGUCCCACCACAGGGGUUUUGAAGACUGUCAACACUGGUAUCAGAGCUGGUUUAGGGACAACGGUCCAAAGAGAUAGAAACAUCGUUCAUGUUGACUCUCAUGAGGAUAUUGGUCCAAAGAGACUAUUCCAAUCCACCAACAAACCUCAACCUUCCGAUUCCAUGAAACCAAGUAAAAGUCUCACUUUCUCACAACAUAUCCAUCCUGUUCAACAUACCAAAACCCCGGGUCCCAAACAAAAGUCUCUGCAGCAAAACCGACUUCGUACUCCCGGUCCUGGCAUUCAGGUCAAACAACCAGACCCCGCUCCUUUGCCUUCUGCAGCAAGAACCAGAAGAAGGUCUAGACAAUCUAUCAGUCUCACACCUGCUCAAGCUGAGAAGAGCUAUCAGACUCCAGCUCCGAGCCACAAAUGGGAGGAUGAGAUUUCUUUGGGGUCGAUUGAAGAAGGCUUGGAGGGUUUACAAAUGGAAGGAGAAGGUAAGAUGUUCGAAGUGACUGGGGAGGAGGAUGUAGAAUAUAUGCCUCCGAAGAUGCAGGAAAUCCCUUACAGCCCACCUUGGGGACAUGUAGACUACGUUUCACAGCUUGAGCGUCUGGCAUCUCUGCCUCCGUUAUGGUCCCCAUCCGACGACACGUCUUUCGUUAUGCCUGAUCUCGAUUUUCAAAUCGAGCGUUUGGACGUUCCGUUGAACCUUGAGGAUGAACCUCUUGAUGAACCCGAGUUCAAAAACAUCUUUUCUUCCCCCAUUUGUCCCCCUGUUAAACCGAUUCCAGCGAAGAACUCGCUCACUGGUGUGAAACGUCCAGGGGCGGUCCCCAUCCGAAAGCCCGCAGGAGUAACAUCUACCAAACGUCCCUUAACCAGCAUCUCCAAAUUGGAUAAAGCACCAACUAUGCGAAAACCUCUUUCGAUUGUCACUCGACCCAUAUCCCAAACUAAACUUUCUGAUGCUCAAAUAUCUCGUCCAUCUUCACACAAGCCGAUGAGACAGAAUGGACCGUCUCGUCCUAUCACGUCCAGACAGGUUACGGGGAAGAAAGAACUUCAAGUGUUGUCUGACCCAAUACUAUCUUCUGAGACAUACGAACCGGAAACUUUUUCACUUGACCUCUAG